AUAUUUCAUAAAUCCAACUUUAAAGAAGAUAGGUAACUUCCAUCUUGAUGAAAUGGAACAUUACCUUGAGCGCCAUCUGUUAAUGUUCAUGUAAAAUGAACUAAAAAUCGAAAGGACUUAUUUACUUUUUUGUGAAAAAUUGAAGAAAGAGGUUAAGGUGUACUACUAUUUAUAUAUUGUUCAUAACAAUAUUUAUAAUUUUUUAUAACAAAUAAUAUAAAUGCCAGCCACAACAAUGCAUAAAUUCAUAACAUUUCUUGGAGUAAUUUCCAUGUUGCAUGCUGCUUAUUCAGCUGCACAACAUAGAUCAUAUUUGCGAAUAACUGAGCAAGAAUUUACUACUUUACCAAUUGAUAUAUUAAUACAAGGUAUAAUAAGUUUGUUCAUAGUUAUGUAUGGUGUAAUGUACAUAGCUGGUGAUUUUAAAGAAAUACGAGCAGUUGUUGAUUUGGAAAACAAAUCUUGGGAAACAUUAAGAAAUCUUCCAUCAUUUCAAAUAUUUAAUCACCGUGGGAAAUCACUAUCUCGUGAUUAUAUUUAAGUAUUAUAGAAUAUACAAUUUUAUUCAUUUCUAGGAUGUGAUAUAAUUUAAUUGAAGAAUAAUAGCUCUUUGUAUAUUUAUUAAACCUUAAACCAAUUUAAAAACAAAAAGACAAUGUUAAACACAGAAGUAGUUCAUUUUUACACAGAUUCAUUAAAUGUUAUAAAUAUUUAAAUAAAAUAGUGAAUUUCAAGGAUAAGAAUAUUUCAUAUUUUUAUGGUUUGUAAGUAGUGCAGUUUUUAUACAAACACACAUGUAUAUGAACAUACGAAAUUUAAUCAAAAUGUGUUCUUUAUUGUUAAUUAUACAAUGACAUAUGAAAUGAAGUUAUAUCAAUUUCUAUAAUAUUGUAUAAUUCAAUUUAUGAAAUGUUUUUACAAACAUACUGAAUAGCAAGAUUUGCAUAUGUGCUUUAUGAUGCAUAUGGCAGUAAAUAGUACAAAAAGAAAA